AUGACAAAAUCUGAUUCUUUGCUUAUUUAUGAUUCUUCGCAAAAAUUAUCGGUUACAACUAAAUUAGCAUGUUUAUCUGUUAUAAUUUCUGUAAUUUGUAUUGCUACACUAAGUACUGUAUUACCGAUUCUGUUUCUAAAACUGAACAGUGCAUCAGAUCAGCUCAUUCUACGUAUGAAUAAUUUUGCUCUUACUUCUAAAAGUUUAUGGCAAGAUGUGAUUGUGAUCAAAAGUAAUGGACGUAUCAAACAUUAUGUGUAUGGUAGGCAAGCGUCAAUUGCAGACGAAGGACAGUGCAAUAGCUGUGUUCAAUUACAAUGUCCACCAGGAGCACCAGGACCUCCUGGAAUGAAUGGAGAGCGGGGAGUAGAUGGUGAGCCUGGAAGACCAGGAAAACCCGGAUUAGAUGGACUAGACAUCCCACUAGAGCCAGAGCCUACAGGACCACCAGGAAAUCGUGGACGACAAGGAGAACCGGGGAGGUCUGGACCCGUUGGUGAGCCUGGUCGUCAUGGUAUUCCCGGGAAUCCAGGAAAGGCUGGUAGAGUAGGUGAUCCUGGACCACCUGGUCCUCCUGGUCAACCAGGAAAUCCUGGAAUUAAGGGUCCACCUGGCGAUGAUGCUAUCGGUGGGACGGGAAUUAAGGGUCCACCAGGGCCACCUGGACCACGUGGACCAAAAGGACCACCCGGACAAAAUGGAAUACCAUCGAAUAAUUAUGGGCCUGCCGGACCACCGGGUCAAAUGGGUCCACCGGGACCUCCUGGAAAGCGAGGAGAACCAGGAGCUCAUGGACCCAGUGGUUUACGUGGAGAACCUGGUGAACCUGGUGGUCAUUGUCGGUCAUCAUGUGGUGUUCAGGAAGUAAUUGCACCAUCCAUUACUGAAUUAAAAAUUGAUGGUAUGGAAAAUAAUGAAAACAGUAACUGGUAUGGAAGAAGUUAA